CCUCACCAGAAAAGCAACAAUACAUUUCUGGCUAUGUCGUUCCUUUGAUAACUCAUUCAUUUCCUUACUCCCUCCCGAGGCCAUUCCACAAUGUGUGCCCACGUGUCGCUCCCGAGCGACAAUGAAAACAGCAACGCCAACAACCUGCAACGAACGCGGUCUCAGAACGCGGAGGUUGUUCGGCCAGCAGGCAACGUCUACCGCAUCAGUACGCUGAAAGACUUUCUACCCCUCAACCAUGCCGAUGCCCUGCACACCACCGCCGAUGGCAUCGCCUCGCCCUAUUCCACCCGGGGCUCGCAUCUGCCUUCACUCAUACAGUCACGAUCAUCGGCUAGCGUAGCCGGCCUCCAACGACCCAAGAGUCCAUGGACGAAGCGGACCAACUCAGUCUCGGCAGCAGAGAUGCCGCUCCUCCGGAAGAGACGAGACAGCGAGACGAGCGAUGAUAUGCUGGAGAUUGCACACUCUUCGGCAGCAGGAUGGGGAGGAGGAGACAAUGACAGUCGGCGGAUGAGCUAUGCUGCCAGCAUCCUCAAUACACCACAAGUACGCAGCCAGCGUCUGAUCGGAUCCACAAAUCCGCGAUAUCGAUGGGAACAGUACUGGAAAUCGGAAGACCAGCUCAAAACGAUCAAGAGCAAAGCGAUCCGAAAGUACUAUGAGCGGAAUAACUACCUUAUCCAGCACUACAUGUACAUCGAUCGCUUGUUGGACAGUAGUCUGCCUCAUGACCUUAUUCAGGAAUACCAAGCGACACACGUUCGCGCAAUGAGGAAGAAGUCUUGGCAGAAAGACCUACCCGAGACCAUUGAUGAGGGAGCAGACGAGGAGAGCACCUCCCCUCCACACAUCUACCAUGAACGCGCUGGGUCGCAGGACAGUAUCUUCGACGAUGGCGAUUUCUACACCGAAGGUUACCCUCCACCACAAAAGGUCAUCAGAACGAAGGAUCUGUACAAUGUGAAGAAGGCCAAUACGAAUCACGACUCGAACGAAUCAGAACCUCUCCUCGCGUCUUCAAACGGUGAUAUCGAGGCGCAAGAAAUGCCGCCCGAUCUCGAAUUGGAAGAGGAGGCCUCAUCCCAAUCGCGGAUCGUCACAGUGGCAAUUAUUGUCAACUUGGUAGCCAAUACCGCUCUGCUGAUCAUGAAGAUCAUCGUCGUGAUCCUCUCCUCAUCCGUCUCUGUGCUGGCCUCCUUGGUCGACGCAGCGCUCGACUUCCUCUCCACUGCCAUCGUCGGCAUCACUACCCGCCUCAUCUCUCGGACUGAUCAGUACGCCUACCCGAUCGGCCGCCGACGUCUCGAACCGGUCGGAGUUCUCGUCUUCUCCGUCAUCAUGAUCACAGCCUUCAUCCAAGUUAUGUGGGAAGCACUUUCCAGCCUCACAAACGGCGACCACAAACCCGUUCAACUCACCGCCCCUGCCAUCGCCAUCAUGGCCUCGACAGUCCUCAUCAAAGGCGCCUGCUGGGCUUGGUGUCGCCUCAUCAAAAACAGUUCCGUCCAAGCUCUCGCUCAAGACGCCAUGACCGAUGUCGUGUUCAACACUUUCUCCAUCAUUUUCCCUCUCGUGGGCUACUACGCCAAUAUCUGGUGGCUCGAUCCUGUCGGCGGUAUUGUUCUGUCGUUAUACGUCAUUGUCAACUGGUCUCGGACUGCGAAUGAGCACAUUCGAAAUCUGACAGGCGCGUCGGCGAGUGCCGAUGAGAGAAACAUCCUGUUGUAUCUGACGAUGCGCUUCGCAAAGACGAUUCAGAAGAUUCAAGGUCUGCAGGCUUAUCAUUCGGGUGAUAAGUUGAAUGUGGAGGUGGAUAUUGUGUUGGAUGAGGAGAUUAGUUUGAGGGAUUCGCACGAUUUGGGAGAGUCGUUGCAGUAUGUGCUGGAGAGUGUACCGAGUGUCGACCGAGCUUUCGUGCAUAUGGACUAUGCCGACUAUAACAUCCCCACGCACAUGUUCCAGGAAUCGUGAGAUGAAUCGAAACGUGUAUAUGUAUUCUUUAUUGUGCGACCGACAACUGUUACGACUAGAAGACCUGUAGAAGAGAGCAAUGCGCAAGCUAGAUGAUACGAUCAGCACACAGAAUCGAUAUAAAAUGAAGGUUGGAAAUAAUCGAGACAGUAAGGCGAGCACAGAGAUCCUGAAACAAAGCGUGAGGUAUUGAUGAUCUACAAUCUAUUACCUGCAACCACGGAUUCAAAGAAAAUGAGGUCCAGGCCCUUCAGGGCUCUCCUGCUAACUCUAAUAAGCUG